GACUUUUAUCCCACGCCGCCCAUUCCAACAACACAACUCAUUCACUCGUUGCUACUCACCUCACCUGCCUCGUCCACCUCCGCACUCGCACACCACCUCUCCAACCACAUCCGCCGACAGCGGACGAUACCACGCACCCCCGCGACCCCUUCUUCACUACCCACCACCCCACGAAAUCAGCAUCAUGUCGGGCCGCAAAGUGAUGGUCCAGCCCAUCAACAUCCUCUUCAGCUUCUUGCAAAAGCACGCCCGCGUCUCUGUGUGGCUCUACGACAACACCGAGUUCCGGAUCGAGGCGUUCAUCAUCGGGUUCGACGAGUUCAUGAACGUUGUCCUGGACGAGGCGGAGGAGGUGUACGACUGCGGCGCAAAGCCCGGGAAGGAGGUCAAGCCGCGCCGAACAUUGGGUAGGUCUUGGGCGAGUCGGAGCGGGGAGCAGAGGACGAGAGCAGAUGUGAAGGGUGUCGAGCUGGGAGUGGGCCCGUGGAAGACAGGCUAGAGGAAAGCUCAGGCUGGGAUGCGCUUCGUAAUGCAUGUCGCAGCCCCCAGUCACACGAGGAGGGAGAAAACGCCAGACCACUAGCUUCCGAACGCUGACACCAGGCCGCAUCCUUCUCAAGGGUGACAACAUCACGCUCGUCCAGCCCGUGGACGCAUAGACUCUUCUGUAGGUGUAGCGAUGCGCAGGUUCCAGCAGUGGUGUAGAGAGCAUGCAUGGCUCGUGUACGUUUG